CAACGCCGGAGCAGCUCGUGGCCGCGGCGGUGCGGUGAGCCCUCGGCGUCUCCGCGCUGGCCUGCAUCCCCGGCCAUGGCGCCCGCCAAGGCCGGCGGCAAGGGUGCCUUGGUGCUGCAGUGCGAAUGGGAGCUCUGCUCGUACGUGGCCUCGCAGAUGGAGGAGUUUUGCGAGCAUGUGGCCCAGCACCUGCAGCAGCACCUUGCCAAGGAGCGCCGGGACGAGAUGGACCCUCUCGAGGAAUACACGUGUUUGUGGCAGGAAUGCGGUUUCUGUUCCCUGGAGAGUUCAGCUGACCUCACUCGCCACGUCUAUUUCCACUGCUACCACACCAAGCUGAAGCAGUGGGGGCUGCGGGCCCUGCAGAGCCAGUCAGAUGUGAGCCAUUGCCAGCUGGAUUUCCAGAGCCGCAAUAUCAUCCCUGAGAUCCAGGAAAACUUCCUGUGCCUCUGGGAGUACUGCGAGAGAUCAUUUGAUAAUCCCGAGUGGUUCUAUCGGCACGUGGAGGAUCACAGCUUCUGUUCAGAGUACAAGGCAAGAGGGAAGGAGAACCAUGUGGUCCUCUGUGGCUGGAAAGACUGUGACUGCACCUUCAAGGGGCGCUGCAAACUGCGGGAGCACUUGCGCAGCCACACGCAGGAGAAGGUGGUGGCCUGUCCUACCUGUGGGGGGAUGUUUGCCAACAACACCAAGUUCUUUGACCACAUCCGCCGUCAGACUGCACUGGACCAGCAGAGGUUUCAGUGUUCUCACUGCUCCAAGAGGUUUGCCACAGAGAGACUGCUCCGUGACCAUAUGAGGAACCAUGUGAACCAUUACAAGUGCCCAAUGUGUGACAUGACCUGCCCGCUGCCCUCCUCCCUGCGCAAUCACAUUCGUUUUCGGCACAGUGAGGAGCGGCCAUUCAAGUGUGACUAUUGUGACUACAGCUGCAAGAAUCUCAUUGACUUGAGGAAACAUCUGGAAACACACAGCAAAGAGCCAGCCUAUCACUGCGAGUUUGAGGCCUGUACCUUCACUGCACGUUCCCCCUGCUCCAUCAAACUGCACUGCCGGAAAGUCCAUGAGGGUGACUUUGAGCCCCGGUACAAGUGCCAUGUCUGUGACAAGUGCUUCACACGUGGAAACAACCUCACUGUCCACCUCAGGAAGAAACAUCAGUUCAAAUGGCCCUCGGGACAUCCUCGCUUCAGGUACAAGGAACAUGAGGAUGGCUACAUGAGGCUGCAGCUGGUGCGUUACGAGAGCGUGGAGCUGACAGAGCAGCUACUGAAGGACAGAGAGAAGCGGGGUGAGGCACUGGAUGGCUCAACUGAGUGUGUGGUGCUGUCUGAGGGUGAGGGCAACCUGCAGGGCAUCAUUCUGGAGGCCUCAGCAGAGGCUCAACCGGUUGAACACUGUGUUCCUGAGCUGCAGGUGACCCAGCUGCCCUCAGCUUCUCACUCUGCUGACAGUCCUGAGCCAGCACAGCCCAGUGUCUUCCCAGGAGCAGCACUGUCAUCGGGGAAAGAGCCAGGCACCCCAUCCAACCCCAUCAUCCAUGUGGUGAACAGGACCAAUGAGCAUGGGGAGACUGAAACUGUGUAUUAUGUCAUGGCCAGCACCUCCUCAGAGCAGCAAGUGGCAGCAGCCGAUGGGCUGGCUAUGGAGCUGGAGGAGAAUGUUAUGGACCGUCUGCAGAAGACAGCUGAGGAGCUGGGCAUCCAGAUCGUGUGAGGCACUACCUGCCUCUCUGCAUGAGGAAAACUUGGGUCUCCAUGGGAUGUGCUGGUUGGGCAGGCUACUAAGUGCUUGAGGGAUAGGGCUGAGCUUUUCUUCAUCUGCCUGCAGCUGGUGAAUUUCCUCCUCUGCUGCCCCAGCCUCAGUUGCUGCUGGUUCUGGUCAGCACAGCGAGAAGGGGAAGAACAGGUCUCUCUCAGUUGUGGUCAAGUGAUCUGAGCUGGAAAGAGCUGUCUCCUCCUUGUGGGGAUUAGGGACUAGCAAGCCUCUCCUACCCUUCCAGGAGGUUUGGCCUUUGCCUGUCACAGUGCUUCCCCUCUGUCACUCUUCAGUGAUGUGCUCCCUGCUGCUGUGCAGCUAAGUUGUUAGCACUUACUCAGCCUGGUCCUCAGCUAGGAUCUCCCCAGGCAGGAUGGUGUGCUGAGCAGGCACCAGCUGGAGCCUCUUCCCUGGGGAGACGAGUGGCAUGUAACAGAGCUGUUCUCCACAACCCAUACUUUGUUCUCCAGGGGUGGCAUGUUCUCUCUUUGCCUUCAUCGGUACUUCCCUGCACAUCACCCCUCCUAGGUCGUUCAGCUGGUGCUGUUAGGGGUGUUUGCACCACUGGUCCCAUUAUGCUGCACUGAUCCCUGGGAGGAGAGGGCUGGAGGUACUGUCCCUUGCAGGAUACUGCAGCACUGGGAAAUCUGAAGCUUUUUUACUGCAUUUGUCCUCUGGGUUUCUCCCCCACAUUGGGGUUUGGGCUCCUGAUUGGGCAAAGCGUUCUCUGGCAAGACAAAUAAAAGUCAGACUGCUAAG